GCCGCGCGCCGAGGCCGCCGGCGGGACGGGAGCUCCCGCGCUGGCUUCGAGAGUGUCUUGGUGUGUGUGGGCUCUGGUUGUGGCGAUGGCCUCGUUCGUGACCGAAGUUUUGGCACACUCGGGGAGCCUGGAGAAGGAGGAUCUGGGCACCCGGAUCAGCCGUCUGACCCGGCGGGUUGAGGAGAUCAAGGGUGAAGUAUGCAGUAUGAUCAGCAAGAAGUACAGUGAAUUUCUGCCUAGCAUGCAGAGUGCCCAGGACCUGGUUACCCAAGUGGAUAAGUUAUCUGAUGACAUUGACCAGCUAACAUCCAGGAUAGAGAGUGAGGUCCGUCGGGAUCUUCAUGUGUCAACUGCUGAAUUUACAGACUUGAAACAACAAUUGGAAAGAGACUCAGUAGUGCUAGGUUUGCUGAAACAGCUACAAGAGUUUUCUACUGCUAUUGAAGAAUAUAACUGUUCACUCACAGAGAAGAAGUAUGUCCCUGCAGCUCGGCGUCUGGAAGAGGCACAGAAAUGCUUGAAGUCUUUAAAAUCCAGAAAAUGCUUUGAUUUAAAAAUCUUGAAGUCUCUCAGCAUGGAGCUCACCAUACAGAAACAGAACAUACUUUAUCACCUUGGGGAAGAGUGGCAGAAGCUGAUUGUGUGGAAGUUCCCACCAUCAAAAGAUACCAGCAGCUUGGAAUCUUGCUUGCAAACGGAACUUCAUUUAUGUACUGAACAAUCCCAGAAAGAGGACAAGACCUCAGUGUCGCCAAUCAGUUCUAUACUUUUGGCGUUUUUUAUUCUUGGAGAGCUGCAUAUGAAGCUUAAAUCAUUCGGUCAGAUGCUGCUGAAGUACAUCCUCAGGCCUCUGACGUCCUGCCCAGCCCUUUCUGCUGUGGUGGAAAGCCAGCCCAACAUGACUGUUCUUCGUUUUGACUCUACGACGACUGAUUUGGAGCAUCCGUCGCCGCCUGAGGUUUUUGGGAGGAUCAGGCUCGUACUGGAAGUGCUUCAGAAACAACUCUUGGAUUUGCCUCUUGACACUGACUUGGAAAAUGAAAAAUCUUCUGCAGUUGUAUUGGCUGAGAUACUUGGUGAUAUAAUCUGGGAAGACUUGUCUGAGUGCCUCAUCAAAAACUGUUUGGUUUAUUCCAUUCCAACAAAUAGCAGCAAGUUACAGCAAUAUGAAGAGAUCAUUCAGUCUACUGAAGAAUUUGAAAAAGCCCUAAAGGAGAUGAGGUUUUUAAAAGGUGAUACCACUGACUUGCUGAAAUAUGCACGUAACAUCAAUUCUCAUUUUGCCAACAAGAAGUGCCAGGACGUGAUUGUGGCGGCCAGAAACCUAAUGACAUCUGAAAUUCACAAUACUGUGAAGAUUACUCCCAGUUGUCAACCAAGUGUGGUCAACUUACCCAGUCCUCCUGAAGAUGGCAAGCUAGAAGUGCAGAGAGUGUCCAAAACUCAGGUCAAUGAACUGGUGAAUUUAGAGCCUGAAAAUAGCUUGGACCAACAUUCUUUCUCUUUGCCCACAUGUCGCAUCAGUGAAUCUGUGAAGAAAUUAAUGGAACUUGCCUAUCAGACUUUGCUAGAGGCAACAACCAGUAGUGAUCAAUGUGCUGUUCAACUUUUCUACUCAGUGAGAAAUAUCUUCCAUUUAUUCCAUGAUGUUGUACCAACAUAUCACAAGGAGAACCUGCAGAAACUGCCCCAGUUGGCUGCCAUUCACCACAACAACUGUAUGUAUAUUGCUCACCACUUGCUGACCCUCGGGCAUCAGUUCAGAUUACGUCUUGCUCCCAUUCUUUGUGAUGGCACCACUACCUUUGUGGAUCUGGUACCCGGCUUUAGGAGACUUGGGACAGAGUGUUUCUUAGCCCAGAUGCGGGCACAGAAAGGUGAACUUUUGGAAAGAUUAUCGAGUGCCAGGAAUUUUUCAAACAUGGAUGAUGAAGAGAAUUAUUCUUCAGCAAGUAAAGCAGUCCGGCAGGUGCUGCACCAGCUAAAGAGACUUGGAGUUGUAUGGCAGGAUGUCUUGCCAGUGAAUAUAUAUUGCAAGGCUAUGGGGACUUUACUCAAUACAGCGAUUUCUGAGAUCAUUGGCAAAAUCACUACACUGGAGGACAUCUCUACUGAAGAUGGUGAUAGAUUAUAUUCCUUAUGCAAAACAGUGAUGGAUGAAGGACCUCAAGUCUUUGCGCCUCUGUCAGAAGAAAGCAAGAACAAGAAAUACCAAGAAGAAGUUCCAAUCUAUGUGCCAAAAUGGAUGACAUUCAAAGAAUUGAUGCUGAUGCUACAAGCUAGCUUGCAGGAAAUUGGGGAUCGGUGGGCAGAUGGAAAAGGGCCCCUGGCAGCUGCAUUCUCUUCAAGUGAAGUAAAAGCUUUAAUUCGUGCCUUGUUCCAGAACACGGAAAGAAGAGCGGCUGCCCUUGCUAAGAUUAAAUAGCUGUGUCCUGAGAAAGCCAUGCUUCGUCUGUGCCGAUUCCUUUCCUGGUAUAGUUACUCCUUUCAAGACUUCUUGGAAUCCUACGUUGGUUUUGGAGAGCCAGUCUGUCAUGCAAGUUUGAUUUUGUGCAAGAACAUCUUACCUUCUGGCCAACAUGAGGCUUUGUUGAAGAACUGGCUGCUAAAUGGCAAGUGAAGCACCUCAUUUCAGUGACUUUCUGGCCAAUUUCCUUGGCAGGCAACAAACUCUCUGUAGGGCAGUGUUACCUUAAUGCUGU